GUUUGUAGAAGCUGGUUGAAACGAAAAUUUUGACGUUGUUGUCUGAACUGAAAACUUGAAAAGUGAAAAUUAUACGUCAGUCGGAAAUCGGAAAAGUACAGGAAAAUCAAAAUGACAGCUUUCACAAUAUCAAAAAAUCCCUUAAAAAAUCAUUAAUAAUGCGGAUGCGGCGCAUUUUAUAUCUUAUUCCGUUGCUUGCACAAAAUACGGUUGGAAUCAUAUAUUAGAUUGACAGUUGUUCAGCAGAAGUGAAUAGAAAAAUAAAAUGUCAACAUUAGGACCUGUUAGAUGUUUGUUCAGGCACAGUGCGUUCGCUUUGAGGCAGUCGGCGCGAAUAGCAGGUGUAGUGGGCCGCUAUAUACGCUCGGCUGAAAAGCACGGCGAGCCGGGUGGCGACCACCGCGCUCGGGCCGCGCGGGCGGCGCUCGGCGCUGGCACACUGGCACUAGCGCUGCUGGCUGCUGACCAUGUCUUUAAUGAAAAACGAUUCUUCAAAGCCGCACAACUUGGCAAUGUGCAAGAGUUACGGAAGCAGGUGGAGGCCGUAACUUCCAACGCUAAAAGUGGUCGCGGGGACAAUGCGCCGGACGGCAGCGGCGGCGGGGCCGACUGGCGCCACGCGCUGGGCUGGACGGCGCUCAUGGUGGCGGCCGCCAACGACCAGGCGGCCGCCGUGCACGAGCUGCUGCGCCUGGGCGCGCGCCCCGACCUGCAGGAGCGCUACUCCGGCGCCGCGCUGGCCGCCGCCGCCGCCGGCAUGCACCCGCUCGAGGUGCUGCAGCGGCGCGAGGACGAGUUCUGCAGCAGCAUGAACGCGCGCGCCUCCUUCCUGGGCUGGACGGCGCUGCACUACGCGGCGCUGGCCGACUCGGCGGGCGCGGCGCGGGCGCUGCUGGAGGCGGGCGCCGACCCCACGGCGCGCGACCACGCGGGCCGCCGUGCGCUGCACUACGCGCGCGACCCCUCGCCCACGCGCGACCUCAUCCUGUCGCACACGCGCGUCUGGGAGGAGGCCGCCGCCGCCGCCGCCGCCGAGGAGCGGCGCCGCUUCCCGCUCGAGCAGCGCCUCAAGCAGUUCAUCGUGGGCCAGCAGGCCGCGGUGGAGACCGUGGCCGCCGCCGUGCGCCGCAAGGAGAACGGCUGGGCCGACGACGAGCACCCGCUCGUGUUCCUCUUCCUCGGCAGCUCCGGCAUCGGCAAGACGGAGCUGGCGAAGCAGCUGGCGCGCUACAUGCACCGCGACGACCCGGCCGCCUUCAUCCGCCUCGACAUGUCCGAGUACCAGGAGAAGCACGAGGUGGCCAAGCUGAUCGGCGCGCCGCCCGGCUACGUGGGGCACGAGGAGGGCGGCCAGCUGACGCGGGCGCUGGCCCGCCGCGCCGACGCCGUCGUGCUGUUCGACGAGGUGGACAAGGCUCAUCCCGACGUGCUCACCGUCCUGCUGCAACUCUUCGACGAGGGUCGGCUGACGGACGGCAAAGGCAAGUUGAUUGAGUGUAAAAACGCCAUCUUUGUAAUGACGUCGAACCUCGCGGCGGACGAGAUCGCGCAGUACGGGCUGCAGCUGCGGCGCGAGGCGGAGGCACGGGCGGCGCAGCGCGUGCGCAUGACGCCCGCGCUGGCCGUGGAGCAGAGAGUGAUAUCUCGUGACGGAAACGGGCCGGAGGAGUCGGACCCCGAGGAGUCCCUGGAGGUGUCUCGGAACUUCAAGGACAGCGUCGUGCGGCCGAUCCUCAAGCGGCACUUCGGCAGGGACGAGUUCCUGGGGCGGAUCAACGAGAUCGUGUACUUCCUGCCGUUCUCGCGGCAGGAGCUGCUGACGCUGGUGAGCCUGGAGCUGAAGGCGUGGGCGGAGAAGGCGCGCGCGCGGCACGCGGUGGAGCUGCGCUGGGAGGGCGGCGUGCUGGGCGCGCUGGCGGACGGCUACGACGUGCACUACGGCGCGCGCUCCAUCAAGCACGAGGUGGAGCGGCGCGUCGUCAACCAGAUCGCGCUGGCGGCCGAGCGCGGCGCGCUGGCCCGCGGCUGCGCCGUGCUGCUCACCGAGCGCGCCGGCCGCGUGGCGCUGGCCGUGCGCCGCCCGCCCGACCAGGACUACACGCCGCUCGACCUGGCCGCCGUCUGACCGGCGUUGUAAUAGUUACCGUAACCGUACUCAAAUAAAAAUAGCAAUUCUUAUAAAA